AUGAUGAAAAGCAUUAAAGUAUGCGUAGUUGGCGAAGAAGGAGUCGGUAAAUCGACUUUGGUAUCUUCAUUUGUAAAUAACGAAUACAAGGAGACUACAACCAAAUACACCGCUUUAACACAAACGGAUAAUGGGCUUAUGGAAAUCAACUUUUGGGUAUCUUCAGAAAGGGAUUCAUAUGAAGAACGAAUUCAAUACUAUGUUGACACUGAUUGCUUCAUACUUUGUUUUGCAAUGAACGACCAAAAUUCGUUUGACAAAAUCCAAAGCAUAUGGAUUCCAGAAAUACAACAGAACACGAACAGUCCAGUUUUCUUUCUUGCUGCAACAAAGACGGAUUUGAAAGAAUCGAAAUACCCACAGAAGUUAAAUGACAUAGUCAAUCAGACUUUUGUGUCACGACUUUCUAUGCAUGUCUUGGGUCGCAAAAUCAAUGCAAUUGGUGUUGUUGAAUUCUCUUCUAAAGAGCCUGUUUGUUCAUUUAUAUAA